CACUCGCCCUCGGCACAACGCGACGUCGCUGGGGUCUAUGAUACCACAGCAGGAGGCUUUGAUGCCGAAGUCAAUUUCUCGGAGAAGGUGGGGGGUGUAAUAAGAGCAAGGAAGGAAAUGUCUGCUAUGGUCAAGGGGGAUGUGUUGGAGGUCAGCUGCGGCACGGCUAGGAACCUGGGUUACUAUGGCUUCGACCAGAUCAAGAGUUUGACUCUGAUCGAUCUCAGUCCCCAGAUGGUGGAACAGGCACGCAGUAAAUGGAAUAUUCUGAACCCAGGCAAGGUUGCUGAGAAUGUGCCCAUCAGGUUCCUGCAAGGUGACUGUAUCGGAGAUAUGCCUGAGCCACCAGCAAGAGCACAAGAAGAGGCAAAGAAGAGCGGGACGACCUUCACACCAGGUCUCAAGAAGGGCUACGACACAAUAGUGCAGACCAUGGGUCUCUGUAGCACAGCACAACCCGUCGAACUGCUCAAGAACCUGUCAAAACACCUCGACCACUCCAAUCCGGAAGCCAGAAUCCUGCUACUCGAACACGGUCGCAGUUACAUUGGAUGGAUGAACAAACUCUUGGACACGACUGCACCUCAACACGCCGACAAGCACGGUUGCUGGUGGAACAGAGACAUUGGUCAACUCAUCGAGGAGAGCGGCCUCGAGGUCGUCAAAGAACGCAGGAAACAAUUCGGCACCGUUUGGAUCUUUGAGCUCAAGCCC